CUGCCGGUAAACACCGUCCUUAGGGUGGAAAAUAGAUUAAAAUUGUGCGUGAAUUGAAAAGUGUACGGGAAAACGCGUUGUGUGUGUUAAACGUGUAGAAGAUUAGGGAAAGUGUAAUCGUAAUGGCAACAGCAAUGAAUUCCGAGGCAGGCACCUUAGAGCCGACGGAGCUCCCAGACGAGGACUUUAUGACGAAUCCUUCGCUGGCCAUGGACGCUUGUUUCACCGCUUUCGACAAGGAUGGAGAUGAUCGGCUUUCGCUGAACGAAUUCACACUGAUCUGCAGGGCCCUGUUCCGGAAUGAUAAAGGUCACAUCUACGUGGUACCAUCCGAUCGUCUGGAGCAGAUGUUCGCCGUGUUCGACAAGAACGAGGACGGCUACAUCGAUCGGGAGGAGUUUCAGUUUUGCUGGAACCAGUGGAUCAAGACGAUCGUGCGCCCCAUUAGCGCCUUUCUCAUCGUCGACGUCCAGAACGACUUCAUCAGCGGUUCGCUCAACAUCAGCAACUGCAGCGCACAGCAGAACGGACUGGAGGUUAUCGAGCCGAUCAAUAAGCUGCUGGAUACGGUUGACUUCGAUGCGGUGUUCUACUCGCUCGAUUGGCACCCGAGCGAUCACGUUUCCUUCAUCGACAACAUCAAACAGCGUCCGAUUCAUCCGACCAGCCCGCUGAACGCGGACAAUGCGCAGGUUUACGAUACGGUCAUCUUUGCCGGACCACCACCGAUGAAGCAACGGCUCUGGCCACGCCACUGCGUACAGGAUUCGUGGGGUUCGGAGCUGCACAAGGAUUUAAAGGUUGUCGAGCACGGUGUGAAGGUGUACAAAGGCACCAACCCGGAGGUGGACUCGUACUCGGUGUUCUGGGAUAACAAGAAGCUCUCCGACACGACCCUGUGCGCUCAGCUGCGGCUAAAGGGCUCGACCGAUAUCUACGUGUGUGGGCUGGCGUACGACGUGUGUGUCGGUGCAACGGCCAUCGAUGCACUGUCGGCCGGCUACCGGACAAUACUGAUCGACGACUGUUGCCGGGGCGUCGAUCUGAAUGACAUCGAGAGCACCAAGCAGACGGUGAUUUCCAGCAAUGGCGUCAUCGUUUCAUCCCGCGAGGUCAAAGCGAUGGUGGAGGGCCGGGACCGUCGCCCGGAGCUCGGCUACAAGUUGGCGAUGGAGUUGAAAAAUUCUGAAUCGGACCUGUCGAAGAACAACGCCUGCAGACGGCAGUCCCAGCAGCAGCAGCAACAGCAACAGCAGCAACCAUCACAGUAAACAUCGCCGCGUCUCCCUCCUCUGAUUGGCUCCCAUGGCAACCGAAACGAACGGGCAGCAUUUGCGUUCAUCGGCAGUGGGAAGCUCGUUACACGUAGUAUUUAGGAAGACCGGUGGUGAUGGAGGGGCGCAUCAUACCAUUUUUUCAUACUUUUUUCUAGUUGCCACCACCAUUUGCCAGUUUUUUUUAAAGUUUUGUCCAGCAUUCAGGUUUACAUAUGCGCGACCAAAAGGGCCCGGCUCAAUCCGUUUGUUUCGUGUCAUUCGCUUGUAUCACCACAACGCAAAAGCUUAUAAACCAUUGGAGGUUAUGGGGGGGGGUUUUUUUUGUCGUGUGCCUUCCCCGAAGGCAGCGGCAAAGAGGGCGUAAAUGCUUCCGAGAGAGUCAUAAAGCUCCUUUCAUUCGAAUCCGUUUUAGCCCAACCGUUUCCUAUUCCGGCAUUCCCGUACGUGUGUGUUCAUCCCUGUGGGUGGUUUUUCUUCGCCACGUGUGUGUGUGUGUUGGUGUGUUCGCACCAUUUCUUCACACACACACAGGUCCGCUCCUGGCUACUACACCAGGUUAUGUUGCACCCAUUACCGUUUUAUUGGUUUCGGGCCUCGGUCCACCGGUAUCCCUAGCCCACCCCCUCCCCCCC